AUGGUUCUCCGAUGCAUUUUGAUACUGAUAUUUGUACCUUUUAUACUGUCUAAUCCGACCGGAUGUACGUACAGUACAGACAUUCUGUUAUAUUCCUGCGACAGCCGAUUAUGGGUGUUACCUCUAGAUUAUUCCCAGUUUACGGUGCAGCCACAGAGACUUCUGAUCAAAGACAUGUCCGGAGAGCUUGCAGCAUCUGCUCCUAAUGGACCCGUGUUUAGUGGCUUCAGUGCGAUCAAUACGGCAUUAUUUGAUGUAAGAUUCCCGCCAUCUUUACACAUAAUGUGUGUCGCUAAUGGCUUUCUCAUGAUGGUUAAAGAUGCAUUUCAAGAUUUUGGAUGGGUUGAGGAACUGAUUAUACAGGAUUGUGACAUUCUUUCGCUCCCCGCGCAAGUAUUCGCACAUUUUGGUGAUCUGAAUUCUUUAAUCAUAGAAGGUGGUUCAAUGGAUGCUAUGGUCGCAGACACUUUCUAUGGAUUAAAUGUCAACAAAAUGUCGUCUGCUGUCACACCCAAAGGGGAACUUAUACUUCGGAACACUGAAAUUAUUGGCGGUUCUUUGCCAUACGGCGGUCUCUUCACUCAAAGCAAUGUAUCAACUAUAGUACUAGACAACAUACACCUGAGCUCUCUUCGUACAGAUACAUUCUAUAAUAACCUUAAACUUACCAAUUUAUCUAUAAGUUACAACGCAUUAACUAGUAUCCCAGACAAUCUGUUUAUCCAGUCACAAUCUUUACAAUACGUUCGGAUAUACGGCAUACCUUGGGCGUGUGCAUGCAGCUCUCUCGGGUUUAUACCUUAUGUCAUCAACAAUAACAUCACUUUAGAAGGAGAUAUAAUUUGUACAUCGCCUGCGAAUUAUGCAAUUUGUUUUUGUUUUACAGAUCAGAGAGCAGCAGUUUAUUAUGUCACUAACUGUAUAAGUUAUGAUGUUUGUGCUGGGCAAACAGGUUUUGUAAGUGGUGGAAAAUGUAUAACUGUGUUAGAUAUCAUAAGUUAUGUAUUAUUCGUUCUCAAUACUAUCAUAGCUUGUAUAGCAUUUGGUCUCGUGUUGCAUCUUUUCCUCCGACUUAAAGAAAUUAAGGACAAAAGAAGAGGUUUUAUGCUACGGAGAAUGUUUGGUGUUGAGCAGGCCAAGACUAAAACUUUCAAUGUUGUCAAGCCACGGGACCCUUCAUUUGACUAAUGCCAGCAGGCCAAGAUCUGACCAUUUGAAAGAGUUAAAACAAAGCACCUGUCUUUUGACAUUAAUUAUUAACAAGAAUAUCUGCAUCAAAUACUUUGG